GUUGAGUUCGAAACUCGUUGAUGUAUGACUCCAGCAAGAUGGUGGCGCUCAGUCCUUGACAGCGUCAAUAAACGUUUGUAUAAACUAUUAUGGCUCAAACAAAAGGAGAUACAAAGACAUCAGCCAAAGCUAACGAUGCUUUCAAGACAGAAACACCUGGAUGGGCGAGCGCAAGAUCAACAAGUGCAUUUCGGGCAUUAAACUUUGAAUUAUUUAUUCGACCUAAUAAAUAUGUGAUGGCAGUUGGUGCUACUACUUUUAUUGUUUGCGUGGGCUACAUGGCAUACAUGAAUCUGCAAGACUCAAGAAAAGGUAACUACACAACACUCAAUGAAGAUGGCUCUUUAUCAUCUCGACCCAAAGUUUCCAAAUGGGAAUGACAGUGCUUACAGACAAAAGCGUUGCUGUUCAUACACCUGUAUAAAUUGAGAGUGAACGCUAAUAAUAAUAACA